AUGGUUGAGCAGAAUCAUGCUUUGUUAGCAAAAUGGUGGUGGAGAAUUAGUAGAGAAAAUGAUUCUCUAUGGGCUAGAGUAGUGUGCAGGAAGUAUGGUCUCUCACAUCAAGAUUGGCUUCCUCAAUUACCAUCGUAUGGGAGGGCAUCUAUAAUCUGGAGAGACAUAUGUUCAAUUGGGAAUACAGAGAAUGCAAUGGGGAACGUAAUUCAAGAUGGGUUUAGAAUUCAAGUAUAUUCCGGAAAUAACACUUCUUUUUGGAAUCACAAAUGGAUGGGGGAUCAAACACUGCGACAGGAAUUUCCAAGAUUGUAUUUGAAAUCGUCGCAAAGAGAUGAACUGGUAUGUAAUGUGCUCAACUCGGUAGGUAAUGGAGAUUGGAGUUUGUUUUUUCAAAGGAGAUUGCAUGAUUGGGAACGUGAACAAAUGAAUGAUUUAAUUGGCAGAUUACAAUAUGUGUCUUUGGUGCCAUCAAGAUUGGAUGUGAUGCUCUGGAUUGGGAAUUCUAAUAACUUAUUUUCUGUUAAGUCUGUCUAUGAUCUUUGGGAAGCUGAAACUUUUACCCAGAAUUUCGGACUUGGUUCUUUGUGGAGAAGUCUUAGCCCUCCAAAAGUGGAGAUUUUCUCGUGGAUGGCAUGUCAAAGCAAGAUUGCAACUAGAUCAAUUUUGAGUAGUAGGAACAUAAUGGUAGGAGUAGAUGAAACAGCUCUGUUUUGCCCAUUUUGUUUGUUGGAAUUGGAAACUCCAGUGCAUGUUCUACUAUCUUGUCCCUUUUCGACGGUCAUCUGGUCAAGAAUAGCCGAUUGGUGGAACAUAGUUUGGGUGGCUCCUUCAAAUUUGGCGGAUUUAUCUUUCUGGUGGUUCUCUUCUCAUUUCAAAAAUUUGGAGAAACAUCUUUGGGAGUGUUGUUUCUAUGCAACCCUAUGGUCUAUUUGGAUUGCAAGGAAUGACGCUAUUUUCAACAAUAAAAUUGUGGAUUGCAAUCAUUUGGAAGAGUUAAUCAAAUCAAGAGCAGCCAUGUGGAUCAAAGCCAAAUUUGAUAUAAAGGUGUAUACGGUGGAAGAUAUCAAAUCAAACCUUGACGGUGUUAGAAGACUCGUUAUUUAG